AUGAAGUCUUAUGAUGCGACCACGGACCCGGAGGAUCAUUUGUUUGCCUUCAUGACCCAAAUGCGCCUGCAAACUGCUGCAGAUGCGGUCAGGUGCAAGAUCUUUCCAAUGUUUUUGGAAGGUAAGGCGCGUCAGUGGUUCCAGGGGCUUCCCCCCAGGUCCAUCCGGUCCUUUGCCCAGCUCGCGCGACUCUUUGCGGCCCAGUUCGUUUCGUCACGAGCCUUCUCCAAAAGCACUGCACACCUGAUGACCAUCCAACAGAAGCCAGAGAAGUCGUUGCGCGAGUACAUGGUGCGUUUCAAUAACGAGUCCCAUCAGGUUCGGGAUCGCGAUGACAAGGUGGUCAUGGCCGCCUUCAUCAACGGGCUGCGCAAGCAAAAGCUCUACACCGAGCUCGUGGAGAGACCUCCCAAGUCAGUUCGGGAGAUGCUAGACCGAGCUCAUGAGAAGGCCAACGCGGAGGAGGCCAAUCGCCUUAAGAGUGCACAAGAAAGAUUGAGGGAUGACAAGCGCAGGAGGGGCGCUGACCAGGUGGAUGCACGGCCUAGCCAGGGAAGGAAGAGCGCUUAUGACCGCCUCCCCAGGAGCCGCCCAAUCGGAGGAGAUAAACCCUGGACUACCCUCACGGCACCUCGAGCUUGGGUGCUCGCAGUCAUGGAACAGGAGGGGCUCUCCCGACCUCCUCGACCAUUGGGCGGGGACAAAAGCAGACGGGACCAAGGUCUGUAUUGCGGUUAUCAUCGAGAUGUGGGGCACGAUACGGAGGACUGCCGUCACCUCAAGAAAGACAUUGAAAAACUGAUCAAACGAGGCCACCUUGGGCAGUUCAUACGAGAUGAACGAACUGACCAGCAACGAGGAAGGCCCAGGUCGGAACGUCCGAGCUACCCCCGGGACCGACCUCAUGGGUCUCGUGGCCGAACUCCCGAGCAGGAAGCACAGAAUCUGGCAGGGGUGAUUAACACUAUUGCUGGAGGACCUGCUGGCGGGGAUAGCCAUACAGCUCGGCGGCACAAUCGACCUCCCCCCGCGAGGGAGAGCUCGACCAAGCGGUUGAAAAUGUAUGAAGAAAUUAUCUACGGACCUGAGGACGCAGUCCCUCUGGCCUCUAAUAACCAUGAAGCCAUUGUGAUAGAAGUCAUCACCUGUAAUUACAAGGUGAAGAAGGUAUACAUAGACAACGGAAGUGCCAUAGACGUGCUAUAUUAUAAGACCUUUAAGGAGCUACAGUUGGAGGAUAGACAGCUCGUACCGGUUCGAACUCCGUUGAUCGGUUUUGCAGGUCCUCCCGUGAGGCCGGAAGGAAUGAUCACUCUCAUGGUUACGGUGGGGGUGUCCCCGAAGUGCCGAACUGUCCCGGUAAACUUCGCGGUGGUUAAGGAGCCGUCGUCGUACAAUAUGAUUCUGGGACGGCCUACACUGAAUGCCCUCCGAGCUAUUUGCUCCACCUUGCACCUCAGUAUGAAGUUCCCUACUCCUGCUGGGGUGGCUGAGGUGCUGGGGGAUCCGGAGGUAGCAAGGGUGUGUUAUAUUGCCACCCUCAAGGGCAAGGAGAAGUUGGUAGCUCAGACAGUUUGUUUAGAGCCCUGGGAGCCCAUGGAGAAGGGGGAAAGAUUGGAGACAGACGAGGGGUUAGCCGAGCUGCCCGUCCAGCCCGACCGACCUGAGCGCACGGUGAAGGUCGGCACCGGCCUAGGCGAGCUGGUCAGGAGUUCUUUGGAAUCUCUCUUGGAGGAAUAUGCGGAGAUUUUCGCUUGGAGUGCGGAUGACAUGCCAGGAAUCCCCACCGAGCUGGCAGUUCAUAGGCUACAGGUGGACCCCAACGUCCGACCUGUGAAACAGAAGAAGAGGAACUUCACUCCUGAGCGAAAGGAGGUCGUCAAAAGUUAG